AUGGCCAACCGGAAAAACCCACCACCGCUACCACCACCGCCCUCCGGCCGGACAAAUCUAGCUUCAUGUAUAGUAGCAACAAUCUUCUUACUCUUCAUAACAACCCUCAUUCUCAUAAUCUUCUUUACAUUAUUCAAACCCAAACCACCAACCAUCACCAUCUCCGCCGUCCAACUUCCGUCAUUCUCCGCCACCAACACCACCGCCGUCACGGUCACGUUGACUAUCUCCCACUACAUCACCGUCACUAACCCCAACCACGGUGUGUUUACACACUACGACAGCUCAUUACAGCUUUUGAACGCCGGGAACCAAAUGGGUUUCAUGUUUGUCCCUUCCGGCAAGAUUGGAGCUGGCCGGAAAGUGUACAUGGCUGCCACAUUUGAUGUUGAGGGUUUUCCGGUGGAGUUGAAGGAUAAUGGGUUGAAUGGGUUUCGGGUCGGGCAGAGUUUGGAGAUUGAGACGAAGAUGGAGAUGGCGGGUCGGGUCAGGGUUAUGCAUUUUUUUACACAUUAUGUGGUGGUCAAAGUUGAAUGUAAAGUUGCUAUUGGUGUUAAUGAUGGAUCUGUUGUAGGGUUUCAUUGUUAAUUACAUUGGUCUUUUGUAUGUGUGUGUGUUUUGGUGUAUUUUUAAGGUGUUUGACUUUAUCAAUCCUAUUCAAAAUGGAUAAAUGAAAGAGGUUUUCCGGGUUCAUGUUGCUUGAAAACAAGUCAUUGACUUAGAUGUAUCUGGUUUAACCAAGUAUCCUUGUGAACAGUUACAGACUUUUCACCUCAUCACCCUAUAACCGUUUAUCAAGCCGCCUAACCACGAGACCACCUUUGUGGUGGUUAAUCCUAAUCGACAUGGAUUUUUUAUAAUUUGAAACUUGAUUGAAAUGAAAUGUGGCCUAUUACACAAAAAUAAGUCUCGUACUCUCGUUUAUGGUUUUUGUAAUGUUUUGUUGAGCAACUAUCAUAAGUAAUACGAGUAACAAUGAUGAUAACGAAAUGAGCAGCCUUAAGUUGAGUUUAAAUCCAUAAUAGCAUGCUGUGGUUCAGGAAGAUACAAUAGUUGGAUAACAUGCUUAUCAGGUGGAAUGGCUUGUAGAAAUGCUUCAAAUUAUCUAUGGUGGGACCAAUUGCAUGCAACAUCUGCUUUGAAUGAGAUCUUAGCAGAGAAUGUGUGGUCUGGAUUGCAUACCAGCGUGUAUUAUCCUAUGAACAUAAAGGACAUGAUAGCGCAGACGGCCCUUGCUGGUUCUGGUAUCUUUUCAAGCAAUUCGGAAUUGGGUCAGCAUAUAUCCUUCUCUCAGCAAAUUCCGCAGGUUAUGGAAACCUUUCAGCAUAUUUCUGACUCAAUGUUCUACGCUGCUAUGGAGACAAAUGACUUUGAUCACUGAAAGUUUUGAUGUUUCCGCGGGGGUUCGAGAUGUAGUGGCAUACUUAAGCUACAGUUUACUUUCUCUUAUCAUCAUUUCUAUGAGCAUGUGGUGGUUUUCAUGGAUGAGCAAUAGGGACCCGUCAUAUCAAGUGCCAGUCCCCGACUUAGAACCCGAGCCAUCAGGUUCAGGUGCUCCAGGAGACUUAGAAUCAGGACAGGUUAUUCCACAAGGUGCAGACUUAAAAGCAGGAACUUCAGGUUCUAAAGCACCAGGACCAGAGGGAGACUUAGAAGCAGGAACUUCAGGUUCUAAAGCACCAGGGCCAAAUGUAGAAGCAGACGAUACAGAUACUGAUUAUGAUACUGAUACUGAUUCUGAUAGAGAAUCGCUGGAACAUGAAAGCGACUAUGAGCACAUCAUGGAGGAUCGCAUUAUAGUAGAAGAUAUCGAGGGUCCGUACAUGACAAGGUACCAAGUGCGUUUGGCAAGAGAAGAGAAGAAGAAGUGCGCUUGGCAAGGGAAAGAGAAGAAGCAGCACCCUUGGCAGGAGAAGAAAGCGUACACCCUCUGCUUAAAAUAGUGGCAGCAUUCUUGAAAUACAUUUUGCGCUAGCAACUAUGGUUUGAUGUUAAUAUAGGAUUUUUUGUUGGGGUAUUUCACAGACGGGUAACCUUGUAUCAAGGGUAAGAAACCAAUGACCGGAUAUCUUUUUGUAUCGUGA